AGCGACAGGAAGCAGGCAGGCAUCCCCUAACCCCCAGCGCUAGGCCUGUCCUCGGAGGGGUGCACUGGACACUUUCCAGCAUAACUCCCUUCUCUGACCCCAUGGCGAAGUCCCCAGGGAACUCUACCCUGGAGGACAGUCUGGGUCAAUACCAACGGAGUCUCAGGGAACGUGCCAAUAGAAGCAUUCACCAAUUGAAAUGUGCCCUGCGAGAAGUUGAUGUCACUGUAGAAGAAGCACUGGAUCCUUCCACCAGCAUCCACGCAGACAACGAGGACACAGGGGCAGCCUGGCAUGAACUGCAGCACAGCCAUGCUGUCAAUCAACUGAAAGCUUUGUUGCGUCAACAAACAAGUAAGGAAAAUGAGACAUCUCCACCACGAAGACGAAAGUUGUCCCCCUCGCGGCUGUCAGAAUGUGAGGAUGGUAACAUGCCUACCAUGCAAAACCUCGUUCCUAUCAUUAACGACCAGUCUCAAUAUAUUCACCAUUUGGAAGCAGAAGUCAAGUUCUGUAAGGAUGAAUUAUCCGGAAUGAAAAAUAGGGUGCAAGUAGUUGUACUUGAGAAUGAAAGGCUCCAGCAAGAACUGAAAUCUCAAAGACACGAGGAGACACUGAGGGAGCAAACAUUCUUGGAUGCGUCUGGAAACAUGCAGAAUUCUUGGAUUAAGACUCGAGAGGAUUCUAGGGUGGAUGAAGCUGCAAAGAGACCAUUUUCUCACGGUGAUGCUGAAACCGGCAAAACUGCAUCCACUGGUGAUGCUGAGAGGUGGAGGCUGGAGCUGGAGAGGCUGAAGCUCACAUACGAGGCAAAGACUGACCUUCUGGAAUCUCAGCUGAUGCUUGUGAGGAAAGACUUAGCUGAAUACCAGAAAACCUGUGAGGACCUUAAGGAAAAACUGAAGCAUAAAGAGUCCCUUCUGUCUGCGAGCACAGCCAGCCGUGUGGGUGGCCUCUGUUUGAAAUGUGCUCAGCAUGAAGCUGUUCUUUCCCAGACACAUAGCAACGUGCACAUCCAGACCAUCGAGACGCUGACUAAAGAGAGAGAUGACUUAAUGUCUGUGCUAGUUUCGGUGCGGAGCAGCUUGGCAGAGGUGCAGGAGCGAGAGGCCAGCGCCUAUCAGCAGGUGAAGCACGCUGUGCAGAUGACCGAGGAGGCCAACUUUGAAAAGACCAAGGCUUUGAUCCAGUGUGAGCAGCUGAGGAGUGAGCUGGAGAGGCAGACAGAGAGGCUGGAGAAGGAGCUCGCCUCUCAGCAGGAAAGAAGGGCUUUGGAGAAGGAGAUGAUAAAGAAGGAAGUAACCAGAGAGAGGGAAGAUGCAGAGUCAAAGAUGUUGAUUCUCUCUCAGAAUAUUGCCCAGCUGGAGGCCCAGGUUGAAAAGGUUACAAGGGAGAAGACUUCAGCUGUCAGCCAAUUAGAGGAAGUUCAGAACCAGCUUGCGUCUCAGGAAAUGGACGUCACAAAGGUGUGUGGAGAAAUGCGCUUUCAGUUAAAUAAAACCAAAAUGGAGAAGGAUGAGGCGGAAAAGGAACACAGAGAAUACAAAGCAAAAUCUCACAAGGAUCUUGAGAUGAAAGAUCAGGAAAUAGAGAAGUUGAGACUGGAACUGAGCGAAAGCAAGCAGCAUGUGGAGCAGGAGCAGCAGAAGGCGGCUCGGGCCAGACAGGAGUGCCUGCAAGUCACCGAGCUGCUGGGCGAGGCUGAGCGCCAGCUGCACCUCACCAGACUGGAAAAAGAUAGCAUUCAGCAAAGCUUUAGCAACGAAGCAAAGGCCCAAGCCCUUCAGGCCCAGCAGAGAGAACAGGAGCUGACACAGAAGAUACAGCAAAUGGAGACCCAGCACGACAAAGCUGAAAGUGAACAGUAUUUACUGCUGACCUCACAGAACACAUUUCUGACAAAGUUAAAAGAAGAAUGCUGCAUGUUAGCCAAGAAACUGGAAAAAGUCUCACUAAAGAGCAGAUCGCAAAUAGUUCGACUCAGUCAAGAAAAAAGAUACUUGUGUGACAAGCUAGAAAAGUUACAGAAGAGAAAUGAUGAACUGGAGGAGCAGUGCAUCCAACAUGGGAGGGUGCACGAGACGAUGAAGGAAAGACUGAAGCAGCUGGAUCAGCACGGCCAGGCCACAGCACAGCAGCUGGUGCAGCUGCUCAACAGACAGAACCAGCUUCUCCUGGAGCGACAGAGCCUGUCGGAGGAAGCAGACCGACUGCGAGCCCAGAUAGGGAAACUGAGGCUCAAACAAGCGUAUUCAGCUAGCAAAUAGGGGCACAGCAAAUGGAACCUAAGUCUGACUCCAGAACCCAAGCUGUCCCCAUUCAGGUUAGAUAAUGGCGGAAAAGAGCCCAGGUGAGUUGGACGGGUGGCACAAACUACUGUUCUUCAGCAGCUUCUCACGUCAGAGAGGCUCUGGGGGUUUUAUCCCAUCAAGCAAUUUGUGAAGAUAAGGAUGACUGCGUGUGCUUGCAGUGGUUAGUGGGGAAGCCUCUGGAAAUGAAAGGAAGAAAGACCACUACUCAUUCUCCAUUCAAAAGGACCUUGGGCUGACAAUCUUGACCUGCCUUGAAACUCUGCCUGUUCAGUCCUUCUGUAAAUUGCCUCAAGUUCACAGUUGUGAAAGAUCCAAAUUGGACACCAGGCAGAGGGCUCACACAAUGGUAGAAGUAUGCACUGGAGGGCUAGAGGGUGCAGGUCAGCAGGGUCUGACCAUACACUGACCAUGGUCUGGAAUGUAUGUAAACACCCAGUUGUGGUGACUCCUGACACUCCAAGGCAUGUCUGGAAGCAGGACCCAGGAGCUUCCAUUUAUACGCUAUUAGGGUAGUUUAUAAAAGCAGAAAGAACCUCUUACUUUGGAGUUGUAGCCAGAAACAAUUCCAUUUGGAAUCCUUGGCCAAGUCAUCCCUGGCUCUCCUGAGAUCUAUCCUCAUCUGUAGCAUGGGAAUUAAGGGACCUGGGCAUGUCAGGGUAGUGCUAUGCAAUGGGCUCUUAGGGACUUAGCAGACUGAAGUUCCCAUACUCGAGGUCACCCUCUCCCCUUCCUGAGAAGUUCCCAUAGAGCCAGCAGUGACAGGGCCAUCUGGACUGUUCUCAGUGCUCAGUGUUGAGUCUGUCUCCUAGCUGAAGAACUGGAUUUUGGUCAUAACCCAGGUCUGUGGACAGGUCCAAGGGAGAUCUGGUUCACCACAUUCCAUAGUCAACAGAGCCACCUUUGGUGACUAGGCUGCUGUGACAUAUGGGGAAGGACUGGGCUCUAUGGCAUGAGAAGCUUUGCCUUUGGACUAAUCACAGCCUUCUCAUGGCACACACAGAUCUUAACAUGGAACAGAGAUAUUUUUAGAUCUCUUUUCCUGAGUUUUAAAAGCCC